AAAGAUUAGAAGCCAGAAAAUGUACUAAAAAUAGAAAAUGUAAAAUCUCCACGGGAAAAGAAAAAAAAAAUCAAAAUCUCAUGAAAUCUAUAAAUAAGCGAGAGACGCUACUGAUACUGUUUAAUCAUUAAUCUUUCUGAUAAGCUGAAAUAUUAUUACCGUCUCUCUCGAUGUGGAAGUCGUCGCGUUUCGCGUCCUCGGAAAAUGGCAGAAAUUGAAGAAAUCAGCAGAAAACUGAAAGGAACGCAGUUCCUGAAGAUCGAGGUGGUGGACGACACUGCGCUGAUUGAUACUGCCCUCAUCUCAAAGGGCAAAAUCAGCAGACGCCAAGAAAGCAAGACUACCGCGAUUGCGAUGAAGAAAAGGCCUCGAAAGGAUUGGAAAAUCAAGAAGACCUGCGCCAAGAAAUAUUCGAGGCCGGAGAUGCUCGCUCUCAGUCUCCGCAAUCUCGACCAUCAGAGGAACACCUGGUCCCACAUCUACGCCGCCCUCACCGCCUCUGUCGCCGCCGAGUACGACGGACUGCUCGCGCCGGCGCCUCCUCGCCCAAUAUUCAUCCACAAUUGCGAUGAUGGUGCGAGUGCAAUGGGGAAAAGAAGCCCUCUGAAAAUCUCUGUGCACUGAAUCAAGAUUUCACUCUUAUGGUUACUACUUGUGUUGUAUCAAUUCCUAUAGCUAGGUGUUCAUAUACGUACUUUUAGCUACAGAUUGCAUGCUAUCAUUGUUUUUAAUUUUAGACGAUUAUGAGAAAUUAAUGCCCCAUUUCCCAAUAAUAUCAUUACUGUUAGAGAUUGCAUGUUAUCAUUGUAUUGUUUUCGAUUUGAUGCAAUUGUGAAAAAUAGCCUAUUUGCUACUAUUGUAAUAAUAUUGCUACUGACCUACUGUUAGA